UAAACGCUAUUUUCUACACUAUAUUCCCAAACAGUAACGAUUCUCUAUUUUCUUACAGUUACACUCUACUCUCUCUCUCUCUGCAAAACCCUAAAUUCCCUCUACCUUCAAUCGGAACCCAUUUUCGCCGACGAUGCCGACCAAGGAAGAUAACGCCGAGAAGGAGAAGUGCUUCGAGCUCUUUCUCAAGAUCGGCUUGGACGAACGCACCGCCCGUAACACCGUCGCCAACAACAAAGUCACCACCAAUCUCACCUCCGUCAUCACCGAGGCUGGUGUUGCCGAUGGGUGUAGCAGAACGGUUGGAAAUCUGCUUUACACGGCUGCGACGAAGUACCCUGGAAAUGCGUUGCCUCAUCGCCCGACGCUGCUUCAGUACGUUGUUUCGUCGAAGGUGAAAACAACUGCGCAGUUAGAUGCAGCAUUAUCUUUUCUUGCUGCCACGGGUUCGGAGAGUCUUGAUUUGAAUAAGUUUGAAGAAGCUUGUGGUGUUGGUGUUGAGGUUUCCACAGAUGAUAUCAAGCAUGCUGUUAAUGAAGUUGUUGAGGAGAACAAGGCUACAAUUUUGGAGCUGCGUUAUCGAACAAAUGUUGGUGAGUUACUUGGGCAUGUGCGGAAGAGGCUCCCAUGGGGUGAUGCAAAAGUUGCAAAGCAACUUUUUGAUGCAAAACUAUAUGAGCUUCUUGGUGAUAGGACAGCAGCAGAUGAUGAAAAGCCUUCAAAAAAGAAGGAGAAACCUGCUAAAGUGGAGGAUAAGGCAGCACCUGUUGUGACUGCUGAAAAGGUUCCUGAAGAAGAUCUUAAUCCAUUUUUGAUUUUCCCUAAUCCGGAGGAAAAUUUAAAGGUGCAUACUGAAGUACCUUUUAGUGAUGGUAGUAUUCUGAGAUGCUGCAAUACAAAGGCCCUUCUUGACAAACACUUGAAAGCAACAGGUGGAAAAGUUUUGACUCGCUUUCCACCAGAACCAAAUGGAUAUUUGCAUAUUGGUCAUGCCAAGGCAAUGUUUAUUGAUUUUGGAUUGGCGAAAGACAGAGAUGGUGGCUGCUACCUGAGGUAUGAUGAUACAAAUCCUGAAGCAGAAAAGAAAGAGUACAUUAAUCACAUUGAAGAAAUUGUCCAGUGGAUGGGUUGGAAACCGUUUAAGAUUACUUAUACAAGUGAUUAUUUCCAAGAAUUGUAUGAGUUAGCAGUGGAGCUCAUAAGAAAGGGCCAUGCUUAUGUUGAUCAUCAGACUCCGGAUGAGAUAAAGGAGUACAGAGAGAAGAAAUUGAACAGUCCUUGGAGAGACAGACCAAUAUCAGAAUCUCUGAAACUCUUUGAGGAUAUGAGGCGCGGUCUUAUAGACGAAGGAAAAGCCACACUUAGAAUGAAGCAAGACAUGCAGAGCGAUAAUUACAAUAUGUAUGACCUUAUUGCAUACCGAAUUAAGUUUACACCACACCCUCAUGCUGGAGACAAAUGGUGUAUCUAUCCAAGUUAUGAUUAUGCUCACUGCAUUGUGGAUUCCCUAGAGAAUAUCACACAUUCACUGUGUACACUGGAAUUUGAGACACGUCGUGCGUCAUACUAUUGGUUGUUGCAUGCAUUAGACAUUUACCAACCUUAUGUAUGGGAAUAUUCAAGGUUGAAUGUCUCUAACACAGUUAUGUCGAAGCGUAAGCUAAACCGUCUAGUUACAGAGAAGUGGGUUGAUGGGUGGGAUGAUCCUCGGCUGAUGACACUAGCUGGGUUGCGGCGUAGAGGUUUCACUUCAACAGCGAUCAACUCUUUUGUCCGAGGAAUUGGAAUCACUAGAAGUGAUGGCACUUUGAUAUCUGUGGAACGCCUUGAAUAUCAUGUUAGGGAAGAAUUGAACAGAACAUCUCCUCGAACAAUGGUUGUCCUUCAUCCACUCAAGGUUGUUAUUACUAACCUUGAAGCCAACUCAGCAAUUGAGGUUGAUGCCAAGAAAUGGCCUGAUGCUCAAGCUGAUGAUCCAUCUGCUUUCUACAAGAUUCCAUUUUCGAAUGUUGUAUAUAUUGAACGCUCGGAUUUUCGGAUGCAAGAUUCAAAAGAUUAUUAUGGCCUUGCUCCCGGUAAAUCUGUGAUCCUCAGAUAUGCAUUUCCUAUAAAGUGCACUGAAGUUAUUCUAGCUGAAGAUAAUGAGACUAUUGUAGAAAUUCGGGCUGAGUAUGAUCCUUCAAAGAAGACAAAGCCUAAGGGUGUUCUCCAUUGGGUUGCUCAACCUUCUUCCGGAGUUGAGCCGUUAAAGGUGGAAGUCAGGCUGUUUGAGAGGCUUUUCCUAUCAGAGAAUCCCGCUGAACUUGAAAACUGGCUCGGCGACCUAAACCCUCAUUCCAAAGUCGUAAUUCCAAAUGCAUAUGGUGGGUCUUCACUCCAGGGUUCCAAAGUUGGGGACAGUUUCCAAUUUGAAAGAUUAGGCUAUUUCGUGGUCGACAAGGACUCUAGUUCAGAGAAGCUUGUUUUUAAUAGGACGGUCACCUUAAAGGACAGCUAUACUAAAGGUGGAAAAUAGGAUUCAUGUAUGGAGAAAAUGAAAGGAGAACACGGCAGAUAUGUUCAAAUAUUUAUGAUGUAGAAUCACUUUUUUGCUUAAAUAUGUACAUUAUAAGGGAUCAAUAAGAAGUUCCGAGUUCUUUAAUUAACCUCUGGUGUGGUUAUUUUUGAGGUGGUUUUGUCUGGUGAGUAUAGCUGUUUACUCCCGGGGAAGUAAUACUAACAUUUUUGUUAUUUUCAUGCCAUUUUUUGUUGUAAAAGUGGCAUCACAUCAAUCCUAAAAUGAGUAGUGUGAAUGAGAGUAUUGCACUUUUCCA